AAUAAUUUGUUUUUUAAGAAACACAAAAUAAAAUCACCAGAUUAGAACAAGGACGCCCACAUGCUUCAGCAUCAUUUCCAGUUUACCCUGAAGAGGAAUUUGGCACAUCAUUGUGAUAAAAGGGAUGAAUGAGGGCCGCUCUGCUCUCCUCAGAAGGUGCCACCUCGCCUUGUCCAAGGCUGACACCCUCAGCUCUGUCCCCGCCACAGAUGGCGUCACCGCGGACUCGAGCGAUGGCGGGGCCGCUCAGCCCGAGAGCGACGCAGCGUUCCCCCUGUGCGAGCUCUCGGACCUGUUCGAGAGCGAGGAUGCUUCCCCGUCCACUCAGGACACGAGUCAGGGUUCAGCCCUGGAGCUGGUUCAGCCUGGCCAGCCCGCGGACAGCAGGCAGAACCUGCGGAUGAAGUUCCAGGGUGCUUUCAAGAAGGGCAUUUCCAACCCUAUGGAUCUAUUGGAAUCUACCAUAUAUGAGUCAAAUGUGGUUCCAGGCCCCAAGAAAGCACCCAUGGACUCGCUCUUUGACUAUGGCACCUACAGGAGCACUAGCAACCAGAAGCGACGCAGAAAGAAGCUCCCAAGAGGUAAAACUGAGGCCUCCUGUGAUGACAGUCAAAGCUUGGACCCUCCGAAAGUUCUGAAAAUAUUCAACCGCUCUAUCCUCUUCGACUGUGUGUCACGUGCAGACACCGAGGCCCUCGAGGGUCUGUUAGAGUACCUGCAGAGUCAUGAAAAGAGGUUAACUGAUGAGGACUUCAGAGAGCCGUCCACAGGUAAGACGUGUCUGCCAAAAGCCCUGCUGAACCUGUACGGUGGGCAGAACGACACCAUCCCGCUGCUGGUGGACAUCGCAGAGAAGACCGGAAACCUCAGAGAGUUCAUCAAUACGCCCUUCAGGGAUGUCUACUACAGAGGCCAGACGGCGCUCCACAUUGCUAUAGAGCGCCGCUGUAAGCAGUAUGUGGAGCUGCUGGUGGAGCAGGGAGCUGAUGUUCACGCUCAGGCCAGGGGGCGCUUCUUCCAGCCCAGAGACGAGGGGGGCUACUUCUACUUCGGUGAGCUUCCUCUCUCACUGGCUGCUUGCACUAACCAGCCUGACAUAGUUCACUACCUGACUGAGAAUCCACACAAGAAGGCCGACCUGCGGCGUCAGGAUUCACGUGGAAACACGGUGCUGCACGCCCUGGUGCGCAUCGCAGACAACACCAAGGACAACACGCGGUUCCUCACAAAGAUGUACGACCUGCUGCUAAUCAAGAGUGCCAAGCUCUACCCAGACUGCAACCUGGAGACAGUGCUCAACAACGACGGCAUGUCACCUCUCAUGAUGGCUGCCCAGCUGGGCAAGAUAGGGGUGUUUCAGCACAUUAUCCGACGUGAGAUCAAAGAUGAGGAAGUGCGUCAUCUGUCACGGAAGUUUAAGGACUGGGCCUAUGGGCCGGUGUACUCCUCCCUUUAUGAUCUGUCCUCGCUGGAUACAUGUGGAGAGGAACCGUCUGUGCUGGAAAUCCUCGUCUAUAACAGUCGCAAUGAGAACCGCCACGAGAUGCUGGCAGUGGAGCCCAUCAACGAGCUGCUGAGGGCCAAAUGGCAGAAGUUUGCUGCCGUCACCUUUUACAUCAGCGUGGUUUCCUACCUCAUCACCAUGAUCAUCUUCACCUUAGUGGCAUAUUACCACCCAACACAGGAAACGCCUCCGUACCCUUACACAACAUCCUCCGACUACCUGCGCAUGGUGGGAGAGAUUGUCACCUUGGCAUCAGGAAUCUUCUUCUUCCUCACCAAUAUUAAGGACCUCUUCUUGAAGAAGUGCCCUGGGGUGAAGUCUUUAUUUAUUGAUGGGUCCUUUCAACUGCUGUACUUCAUCUACUCUGUGCUGAUUGUAGUCACCGCUGCUCUCUACCUGUCUGGCAUUAAGGCUUAUGUGUCUGUGAUGGUGUUUGCACUUGUCCUGGGCUGGAUGAACACUCUUUACUUCACCAGAGGCCUGAAGCUCACUGGUACCUAUAGCAUCAUGAUACAGAAGAUUCUUUUCAAAGACCUUUUCAGAUUUCUGCUGGUGUACGUGCUGUUCAUGAUUGGAUAUGCGUCAGCCCUGGUGUCCCUGCUGACAGUGUGUCCUCCACCCGGCACAGAGUGUGACGGGGGCUGUCCCACCUACCCCAAGUGCAGGGACCCCGACACCUUCAGUACUUUCCUACUGGACCUCUUUAAGCUCACCAUUGGGAUGGGAGAACUGGACAUGAUCCACAGUGCACAGUAUCCUGCGGUCUUCCUCAUCCUGUUGGUUACCUACAUCAUCCUCACCUUUGUGCUGCUGCUGAACAUGUUGAUCGCUUUGAUGGGGGAGACGGUGGGACAGGUGUCGAAGGAGAGCAAGAAGAUCUGGAAGCUUCAGUGGGCAACGACCAUCUUGGACAUCGAGCGCUCUUUCCCAGUGUGCCUUCGCAAGUCUUUUCGAGCCGGGGAGAUGGUGACUGUGGGGAAGAACCGGGAUGGCACACCUGACCGACGCUGGUGCUUCAGGGUGGACGAGGUGAACUGGUGCCACUGGAAUCAGAACCUGGCGAUAAUCAAUGAGGAUCCGGGCAAGAAUGAGACCUGCCAAGCCAACGGGUUGCAGCAGAGCGUCAGAGCCUUGAGGAGAGACCGCUGGUCCACAGUGGUCCCGCGGGUGGUGGAGUUAAGUAAGGGUCCGCGGCCCCGUGAUCUGGUGAUAGAGAUGGAGCCGCUGACGCCCAGACACUGACGCCUGCAGAUGACUGGUGCUGUCCUUCUUGUAAGGAGACAGCAGAGAGCCAUCAGUAUCAGCGAGAUCACUCUGCAGGGGACGAUUUGGCCAAUAAGUGUACUAAUCUGCACAGAUCUCAAAGUGCCUUUUGUGAAGAGGAAGUCUAGUAAAUAUUACAGAAAGACAGGAGGUGUAAUAGGACGCAGAGGACUGAGGGCAGAGACACUGGAUGUACGAUCUCUUAAACAAUCACUGAUCUUAAAAACACUCAGAUCAUUAACCCUGAGAUCAAAAUGAACGGCACAGUGAGCUAACUUAUUCUGAAAACGUACUGUAACUCUGCUUUUCAGACAUCAGCGGCGGAUCACUCAGGGAUUUGAGUCAAGAUAUUUCAGCAUUUCCAGUCUCAUUAAAGUGUUACAGAAAACAGAAUCAUGGGUUAUCUAAUAGCAAGCAGAAGCAUAAUUACUGUAUUAUUGCAUUAGCAGUGUAAACAAAAGCUUGGAGAGAAAUGCCAUCUAAAGAUAUAAUCACAAUGGGAGACAUUUCUUCAAGAAAACAUUGCCAUAAAUAUUCAUAGACUUAUAGAAUACAAUCAACUUUUAUUUGUUUGGUUUAUCUUUAAGAGGUCCAUAUAUAAUGUAUCAUAAAGAUUAUAUUGUAUAUGUUAAUUUGAAUGUUUAUUCUCCAGGCUAGGCGAGUAUAGAAACAGGAUAUAUCUAUUUUAUAAAGUGUAUUUUCUCGUCAUUUUCUACAUUGUAUUAGUCAAAUAGUUUCAUAACUAUGGAAGCGUCAGACUUGGACUGCCAGCUCAGGCAGCACAGCUUUCAUUUGAACUAAAACAAUGCACUAUGACAAUUUCUGAUGUGUGCAUUAUUAUAUGAACACAAAGACAUUGUUCUGAACAAGAUGGGCAUGAUGAGCAGGUUAUAGUUGUCAAGCAAAUAUGCAAAUGCAAGACAAUAGCCUCCCGUGUUAUGGUUUGUCUUUGAAUUUCCAGAGUUAUUGUUCCUUUGCAGCUGGGGUAUUUGCAUAAUCAACUCUCAGGCCUUGCCAUUAUGUGCUUCCCCCUAUUUGCUGCAGUGUUUUCAUUGCAAUUGGCUCCUUGCCCUAUAUAGCAUCUUGUUUAUGCGCAACUACUGUAUGUAUGCAUGUAUUUGUGUUAUUGUACUGCAUGACAGGGUUUGAUUAAGGGCAGAUAGACCUUACAAUUCAUUUUCGCUAAUUCAUUGCUGUUGAAGAUCCUAGGUCAUUGUUCUCUUUGUUUGCAUUACCUUUAUAAAGAGACAUGUCUAUGCAUUUUUUAUAUUGUUUGUACAU